AUGAGUGAACAAAUAUUUUUUGAUAACUUCCCUUUAACCUUUUUGAAUGAGGAAAUAAAUAAUGAAGAGUAUGAAGAUGCUAAUGAAAAAAAUUAUCGAGAAAAAAUAAAAAAAAUAAUGGAAGAAUUAAAGUUAUUAAAAAUUGAAAUAAGUGAAAAACAUGCGAUCAGAAUGACAUUAGAAGAAAAAUUAUCAAUGUUAGAAAAUGAGGGAAAAAUGAAAGAAAAUAAUAUGAAAUAUAUUAUGAAUUUUAAUGAAAAUAAUAUAUAUGACCGAGAAAUAAUAAAUUAUAGAAACAAUUUAGAGAUGAUAAAAAAACAAAUAAAAAAUAGUAACUGUAAAAUUAAAUUAUUAUUAGAAAAAGAAUUCAAAGUUCGAAAAAAACUCCAAACACGAUACAUGACUUUGUAUGAUUUAUUAAAUAACCGUAUUCAGUAUAUAAUUAAUGAUUAUAUGAAACAUAGAAAAUGUGCGUGUGCAAUAUAUGGAUAUAAGCAAGAAAAUAAAGGCAACCUUUAA